AAACCACUAUAUGACUUACUAAAAGGGACUACGAGUACCUUAACCUGGACUCCCGAGGCAGAAGGAGCUUUUAAAAGACUGAAACAAGAACUCUUGAAAGCCCCAGCCUUGGGUCUUCCAGAUGUAACUAAGCCGUUUUGGUUAUUCUCCCAUGAGCGGCAGGGGAUGGCUCUGGGAGUUCUAGCACAGCAGUUGGGACCACAUAAGAGAGCUGUAGCUUAUUUCUCCAAACAAUUGGACGAAGUAAGCAAAGGCUGGCCUGGGUGCCUAAAAGCAGUGGCCGCAGUGAUUAUCAACAUAGAAGAGGCCAGAAAGCUUACGCUGGGCCAGAAAAUGACUGUGUUGGUCUCUCAUACUGUCUCAGCAGUGCUGGAACAAAAGGGUAACCAUUGGUUAUCGCCUUCAAGAUUCCUAAAGUAUCAAGCCAUCCUAGCUGAAUCAGAUGAUGUAACCAUUCAAGUAACUAAUAUUGUCAACCCAGCUUCAUUUCUAGAAGGAAGAAUUCCGGCAGAACCCCUCGAACAUGAUUGCCUGGAAACGAUCGAGGCAGUCUAUUCCAGUCGUCCAGACCUCAAGGAGGAACCAUUUGAAGAUGCGGACAACUGGUUCUCGGACGGCAGCAGCUUCGUGAGGCAAGGAGUAAGAAUGGCAGGCUAUGCAGUGACCACAACAGAAGAGGUAAUUGAAUCAAAUCCCCUACCUGCAGGGACUUCGGCCCAGAAGGCAGAACUGAUUGCUCUUACCCGAGCCCUGGAAUUAGCAGAAGGUAUGCGAAUUAACAUUUGGACUGAUUCUAAAUAUGCUUUCUCUGUCGUACAUGCUCACGGAGCAAUUUGGAAAGAAAGGGGACUAUUAACUGCCCAGGGGAAAACAAUCAAACAUGCAGAAGAAAUUCUAAGGUUGUUAGAAGCGGUCCAACUCCCAGAGCAGGUGGCCAUAAUGCAUUGUAAGGGACACCUGAAAGGUAACACAGUUCCAGAAAUAGGGAAUAGGAAGGCAGAUGCAGAAGCCAAAUUAGCUGCUGCAAAAACUGAAGAAAUAACCAUAACAGCUUUAAUACCGGGAGAAUUAGAUACAGAUUUUCAACCAAAUUAUCAAGAAUCAGAUCAAAGAUGGAUUAAAAAGAACAAGGGUAAAUUGUUAGACAACGGGUGGGGACAGUUAGAAACAGGUCAACUAAUAAUACCUGAAAAAUUAAUGUGGCAGUUUGUAAAGACAGAACAUGAAAAAGCCCAUUGGGCCUUGGACCCACUCUAUCAAUAUUUACAAACCCGAAUAGCAGGACCAAAACUCUUUACUACAGUAAAAUACGUCACAUCUCAAUGUGAGCGAUGCCUAAAGAAUAACCCAAAUACUGGGACGAAGGUACAUCAGGGAGCCAUAAAUCGAGGUAAAUUCCCAGGUGAAGUGUGGCAAAUUGAUUUUUCAGAACUCCCAAGAAAAGGGGGGUUUCGAUAUUUAUUAGUAUUAACUGACACAUUUUCUGGGUGGCCUGAAGCAUUCCCUUGUAGGACAAAUAAAGAAAGAGAAGUAACCAAGGUUUUAUUAAACGAAAUAAUACCCCGAUUUGGGGUACCGAGAAGUAUAUCUUCAGACAGAGGUACGCAUUUUUGUGCAAAAGUAGUAAGAGCAAUAAGCAAGGCAUUACAAAUUAAGUGGCAGUUACAUACGCCCUACCGGCCUCAGGCUAGUGGGCAAGUCGAAAAGAUGAAUCACCUGAUUAAACAACAAAUUGCUAAGAUAUGCCAGGAAACCAAUUUACAGUGGUAUCAAGCUUUGCCUAUUGCUCUACUUAGACUGAGAGUCAAACCAAGAUCAAAAGAAAAAUUGAGUCCAUUUGAAAUUCUGUAUGGAAGACCUUAUGCUAUGCAGAUUGUAAAUGGAGAUGCUGUAGACCAAAUAGGUAAUCAGUACAUUUAUGAUUAUGUAAUCACUAUAGGGAAACAUUUUGAUAAAAGUACAGCUGUGGUGAUAGAACAUCAACCCAAACAGCCUGAUUGUAAAUUACACCCGUUCAACCCCGGUGACUGGGUAUAUGUUAAGAAUCUCUUAGGAAAACCCCUACAAGAAAAGUGGGAAGGACCUUUCCAAAUUCUGCUGACCACCUUCACCGCGGUCCGGAUCAAAGAGCGACCUACAUGGAUUCAUUACUCACGAGUCAAGAAAGCUCCGGAGAAUAAGCAAGAGGAAGAAACAAGCGAAACACCAGCAUCUGCAGAUAGGGUACCAAGCCCCUGAGUAAAAGUCCUGUGUGAAUAUGGACAUGGCACUACCAUUAGUGGGAUAUUUUUACAGGGCAUUCCCCAACAGCAACUCAAGUAUUCCACUACCUUGUGCACCCAAUACUAAUCAUAACCAUAGCUAUGCUUUACUAACACUCACAAACAUAUACCUAUGGAGCAGACUGAAAUCCUUAAUGACAAAAACCCAAACACUUUAGGCAAUGAUCCAAUCUUACCAACGUCCCUUAGAGAUUAAAACUUGACGAAAGAAUUCGUAAGUUAUAAGAAAAGGGGGAAAAUGAAGCCACUCACUUAAAACUUUGAAACAUAAAAGGUUAACACAAAAUUGUAAGAGAAAUUUCAAAACCUUAACAUUAGGAAACUAGGCAGUCCUUGACAUAGCAACUCAGCGAAUCCUAGAGCAGUCCUAGAGAGAUAGCUGCAUUCCUCACAGAGAUAGCAACUCAGCAAAUCGUAGGAUGAGCCAAAAGUCAGCCUGACCUUAUUGUGUUUGCCAAAACUGCCUUAAAAGGAGAAGAUCGAAAGAAAGUUCAGAAGUUUACAGUGAGGAAGACUCACACACGACCCCCGCCCAGAGGAAGGCAACAGGAACUCCCACCGUGAAAUCUCCCCAAAUUGAAGACUCCGCCCAGACUCCACCUUCAUAUGAAUAUUACAACUAGAUGUUGCAAUUUAAUGAAUAUGCAUGAUUAUGUUGUAAUCCUAUAUUCGAAAACUGUAUAAAAGAGCUAUGCUGAUUAUACACGACGGAGCUCUUUGCCCAGGGCGACCUGGAGAGCUCCCCAACGCGUUGCAAUAAAAUACCUCCUGCUUUAAAGAAACAAACUUUGUCUCUAAAGCAGUUUCUCCGUGCCUUUUGGGGCAA